AUGAGUGAAACAUCAGUUACCAGAAGUAAAACUGUUACAGAGUUUGGUUGUGUAAAGUAUGACGGUAAAAUUGAUCGAUAUAUAAAUGAACAUUCGUUACGUUUAUCCGAUGCUCAAAAAUGGUUAUUGAAAAAAACCAAAGAUCAUCCUCACUCACAUUACAUGAUAUCAAGUCCUGAAAUGCAACUUUUAUGCAAUAUGUGCUAUGCUAUCAAUGCUAAAAAGAUAAUUGAUAUUGGAGUUUUUACUGGAUACAGUACAUUGUCUAUCGCUGAAGUGUUACCAUCAGAUGGAUAUGUAUUAGCUUUAAAUUUAACAGAUGAAUUUUUGAAAGAUUAUUGUAGACCAGCUUGGAAAAUGGCAGGUGUCGAGUCAAAAAUUGAUUCUCGACCUGGUAUGAUAAUUCAAACUUUACAAAAUUUGAUUGAUAAUGGACAAAGUGAAACAUUUGAUUUCGCUUUUAUUGAUGGUGAUAAAGAGGAUUACAGUAAAUAUUAUGAAUUAUGUCUGAAAUUGAUUCGACCUCGUGGUAUAAUUGCAAUUGAUAAUGUUGUUUGGUCAGGUCUUGUAAUAGAUGAGACAGAUCAAACUUCGCUUACAGUUGGUAUAAGGCAAUUGAAUGAUUUAAUAGCUGGAGAUAAUCGUGUACGAAUUUCUUUAUUGAAUAUCGGUGAUGGAUUGACAAUUGUUGUGAAGAAAUGA